UAUUUUUCCCUUUUUUAUUCCUUUUCUUAUUGGCUUCAAGGACCAACUUGUUUCUAUUUUAUAAUCCCGCACAUGAACUUUCCCCAUUUUUACGUUCACUAAUUCUCGGCUUUGAAAAAUGCAACUAACUCAUCUCUCUGUUUGUGCGUCACAGAGAGAGAAAGCUAGAGUCCUUAAGAAUUAAGAUCUCCCCCCCAGAAGCCAAAGCAAAGCAAAGAGCCUCCCUCUUGGCAGAAGAAGCUCUCCACCCAUAAAGCUACCCAGUUUGCAUCUGCUCAACUCAAGCGUGAGAUACUCAAAUGCCCCCCAACCCGCCCAAAUCCUCAGUCUUGCUCCACCGUGUCCACACCGCCACGUCGGCGACAUCCAAUAUGGCGUCGUCGCAGUACCAAAACCAAAGAGGCGGAGGAGCUGCUGCACUGCUACUCAACAACAAUAGUAAUAAUAAUAGUAAGAAGCGGGCCACAGUACCAGAAGUGGUGGCGGGGCACCACACGCAUGCGGUGGGUCCUAACCAGUGCUGCUCCGCCGUGACUAAAGAGAUCGCUGCGCCCGUGUCCACCGUGUGGUCGGUGGUGCGGCGCUUCGAUAACCCGCAGGCGUACAAGCACUUCGUCAAGAGCUGCCACGUCAUCGCGGGUGGCGGCGACGUGGGGUCGCUGCGGGAGGUGCAGGUGAUAUCGGGGCUGCCUGCGAACAACAGCACGGAGAGGCUGGAGAUUCUUGACGACGAGAGCCACGUCAUCAGCUUCAGCAUGGUUGGCGGGGACCAUCGGCUGUCGAACUACAGGUCGGUGACGACGCUGCACCCGUCGUCGCGCGCAGGCGGCGGAACGGUGGUGGUGGAGUCGUACGUGGUGGACGUGCCGCACGGGAACACAAGGGAUGACACGUGUAUUUUCGUGGACACCAUUGUUCGUUGCAACCUGCAGUCACUCGCUCAGAUCGCCGAGGAUAUAGCUAGCAAGACGCAAGAGGACACGAAAGAACAUCAAAAAUGGAAAGGCAGACAAUCCUUGUCCAAUUUAUAAUGGCAUGCAAGAAGACAUGAUCUGAAAAAAGAGCAGAAGCCAUGCUGCUGCCUAAUAUUUUGGAUAAUAUUGAACUUUUUUUCAUUAAUAUGGGUAUGGUAAUGGCAGUGCUGCUGACUACUGAGGCAGUGGCCUACUUGGCUAGGCUUCUCAACAACAAAAUUAUUCGUCCGGCGUCUCAGCGAGCAUUUCACAGCACUGGCAUAAUUAAGUUAAGAGUAAGAGUGUAGUUUGUGUAAAUUCUUUUGUGUAUUAUAUUUUGUAAUUAAGUUAAUUCUCAUUGUCAUGCGCUGCUAUCAAUCUAUGUUAUCGUUAGAAACUCUUAAGUUCAUGAAAUAUUAACUUUGUCGUUUAAUGCGCAGUAAUGAGUUGCGCGUCUAUUAGGGUUUUGGUUUAGGUAACAUGCAAUGUAGAUGGUAUUGUAUUAGUUAAACAUAUACGAUGUAGAUUAAGUUGUUAAUCAGAUUGAUAUUUUAUUUA